GUGACGUCAGAGGGAGGAGCGCGGAGGGAGAUACGGAAAGUGAGAGGGGCCAGGCCCCACUGUCGCUCUGGAGGCGGAGAAGGAGCAAGAUGGUCUACAUCUCGAAUGGACAAGUGUUGGACAGCAGGAGUCAGUCCCCAUGGAGAUUGUCUUUUAUAACGGAUUUCUUCUGGGGAAUAGCCGAGUUCGUGGUUUUGUUUUUCAGAACUCUGUUUCAGCAAGAUGUGAAAAAGAGAAGAGGCUACGGAAGCUCAUCUGAUUCCAGAUAUGAUGAUGGAAGAGGGCCACCAGGAAACCCCCCCAGAAGAAUGGGUCGAAUUAAUCAUCUGCGUGGCCCUAAUCCUCCUCCAAUGGCCGGUGGAUGAGGAAGGUAAACGUCUGCUCUAAGAAGCAGACAACUGGACAAGCACAUUCAUAGCAGAAGGAAACCAUCAAGAAAUGGAGUGUUGACCACACUGGACAAGUUAGAUGAAUGUGUACUCUAAACAAGGAUUGCUCUGUGUCCUCACAGAUGAAUGAGGUCGUGCUGGGAAUUCCCCCCGCAGGGAUCUGGCAUGACUGACAGGCAGUUCUAUAAAUGCACGUGUUUGUCUCAUCUUUUUUGUAUCGUUUAUGAAAGUAUUAAUAUAGUUUUAAUAAGUAAAUAUUUUUAGGUUACAAGACUGACUUCUCAUCUUUAUAUAAUUAAAACACAGAAAGCUCCAAAUUUGAAGAAGAAUAAACAGCUGAGUACUAUUAGUGUCACCUUUUUCAACUUCUGAAAUACUGUUCAUUGCUUUUUUUUGUUGUUCUUUAUAAAUAAAUCAGUGUAUUUCAGUAAUAUGCAUAUGA